GCAGAAAUAAGAAGCCAAUCUGAGAAGUAUGAAAUAAAGAAUUGUCAGUUGAUGAAAAGUCGAGAAGAUGAGGAAAGGAGCCACAGAAUGAUGCUUGAACAGAGGCUUGUUUUAGAAAAUGAAUUUGAACGAAAACGUCAGGCUGAGAAAGAGUUACUACGAAACAUAGAACAGCUUGAGUUACAGGAAAGGGCAUUGCUUCAGCAGCGGAGUAGAAAUGAACUACUGGAUAGAGAAAUAGCUGUAAGAAGAAUGAAAGAUGAUGAUAUGAAUAGAAGAUUAGAGGUGUUGAAACAGAAAGAACGCGUUCUUAAAGAUAAAGUACAACAGAAGAAUGAUAAUUAUAUGAUAAGGGAAGUGACAACAAAUGAUCAAAUUAAGUUGAGUACAAGAAUUCCAACAUUGCCGAGCUUUGAUGGCAAGAACUUUGAAGAGUGGAAGCUUGAAACUGUUUGUAUGAUGAGGACGGGACUGUAUUCGGAUUACGCAGUGUCACAAGCUAUAAGGAACUCAUUGAAAGGUGAUACUCGUAGGAUACUAUUAACAAUCAAACCAUCUGAGUCAGCAGAUGAGCUUAUCGCUAAAAUGACUGAGAAUUUUGGAGAAGUAAAGUCUGUUGAAAGAAUAGUACAAGAAUUUUACUCGGCAAAACAACAUGAAACAGAAUCAUGCUCUGCAUGGGGAAUAAGACUAGAAGCUCUUUUUCAACAGGCAGUUAACAAAGGGGAAAUAGAAGAACGUAAGAGAGAUAACAAGUUGAAGGAAAGAUUUUGGAGAGGAUUGAACUCUGAACAACUGAAAGCAGCAACGAGAGUUUCAUACGAAUCGAGUGACAGUUUUGAAAAGUUAAAAAGAAAAACGAGACUAGAAGAGGAAGAAAAUAAUCAAGUAAAUGCAACAGGAAAAACACUUGUUAAUCAGCAAUCAACGGAUGAUAGAUUGAAAGUUCUGGAUGAGAUGCUAGAAAGGCUUAAAACCAUUGAAGCUCAAAUGAGUAAUAUGAAGAAGCAUAAUCUGGAAGGGAAGAGAGAAUAUGAAUCAUACGAAGCGACAAAGUCGAGUGACCAGGAAAGGAGACAGGAUAGACACACCAAUGGAGGGCGUUAUUAUAGAGGAGGCUACAGAAGAGGUAGAUAUCCAAAUAGAGGACAGACUCGAUAUCAUAACCAAGAAUAUGAAUCAACAGCAGAAAACAAACAUAGCCAUUUAAACGAGAAAUCGCUUUCACGGCAGGGCACGAUGGAAGCGAAGCAGAAUUAAAAAGCCCUACGAGAGUAGCAAGUAACCUUAGAGAAAGGCUGAUAGGCGCUUCAAACGAAGGAGUAGUAAUCAUUGAAGGCAAAGAGACGAAAGCUUUAAUUGAUACGGGAUCAAUGGUCACUACUUUGUCUGAAAGCUACUACAAUACAAUGGAUCCAAAACCAGAACUUCUACCAUUGACCGAUUUUAAAAUCCAGUUGACGGGAGCCAAUGGAACGGCAAUUAUAUACACAGGCUAUAUAGAAGUAGCUGUGAAAUUACCGUGUUCAUCGCGGCAGUCUCAAAUGCUAGUUUUAAUAGUAAAGGACACUGAAUUUAAUUCUAAAGUGCCAGCCAUUGUUGGAACAAAUCUGUUGCGAGAGUACAGGCAAGAAUUUGAAAUGCAGAGUGAGGAGUUUCCUAAGUCAUGGAAAAUAGCGUUUGAUGCCAUGC